CGGGGCGGCCCAGCGCGGUUUCCAGUCUGUCGGUGGCGGCGGGUUUAGUAGAAAAUGAUUCAACUGCCGUAAUCGGGGCCAUCACGGCUGGGAAAUCCAGCCCCCAGCGAGGAAUCCCCUGGCUCCCUGCCCACACUGUCAGUGCCACCUUCCUCUCAGCCCCCGGCCCAGCCUGUGGAAGGGGUGUCAGCGUGGGCAGUGCUCGCUGCACCCAGCGGGGCUUCCAGGGGAGCGGGGCUGCCCUGCGGACAGCACCUGGUACCCCGCGGGGGAGCAGUGACCUACUUUGGGACGCGCGUAACGAGGCGCGAUAGCAUCGGGGAGAGCGUGAGCCAGGCACGGCUUCCUUUCGGGGAGGAAACCACCUCCUCUGUGAGGGAGAUAAACCCCAGGAAAGUCAAAACUGGCAGCAUUAACCCCUAAGCGCCCGGCUAUCUCUGAGCUGGCCAUCUCUGGCAGCACCAGCAGUCCGUGUAUCUGACUCAUUCGUCCCCGUAUCCUGGGAUAUGGCAGGGGUCUUGUUGGCACAGGCGGUCGAGCAUCUCAGCACCGCUCCCCGUUCAGCCUGGCAGCACCAUCUGCAGAGCAUACGGGGACUCAGCCCACUGGGCCCCCACAGUGCCAGCAGGAAGUUGCUUGCUCGUGUACUGCGGGGAAAGCUGAACACAGGGGCUGCCGCGGGGCAUUCCCAGCCCUGGGGCAGCACACCCACGAGGCUUUGGGGCAGAGGGCCGCGGCUCCAGCCGUUCUGCCCUGUGCAGGCACCGGUUUCCACGCAGUUCCAGGUGACCUUGGCAGCGCUGUGGCUGGCGGCCAGCGAAUCGCAACCCCCAGGGUGGCAGGACCGCGCCGUGCCGCAAAGGCAGCGGGUCCUUGUGCAGCCACUCCUCCGCCUGCGGAGACAUGCCGUCCCCUCCCGGUGCCCCGCCGGCACGAACUGGGUCGAGACUGCUCGCCGUUGCUGCCUUCCGUGUCCCGCAGGUGAGCGCUGCCCAGUCCGUGUGGCAUGGCACAGCACACCAUGGCACAGCAGGGGCAUUGCUCCAGGUGGCCGUGCUCCCUGUCACCCCGCUGUCCCUGCAGGGACAUUCCUGUCCGAGCCCUGCACAAUCCCUGAGAGUCUCGGCGCGUGCAGCCCCUGUCCCAGCGGCACCUUCCGCACCCAGCCCAACACCUUCAGCGAGUGCGGGGCUUGCUCCGAGUGUGACUUAGACGCUUCCCAGAGUGUGCUGAAAAACUGCUCGGCCACCAGCAACAUUGAAUGUGGCUGUGAGCCCGGCCACUUCCGUGUCUGCAAUAACCUGCACUCACGCACCUGCAGCGAUUUCUCUUGCCGAAAAUGCCAGCUCUGCACUGGACACCUCAUCCAGCGACCCUGCUCGGAGAUGCAGGACACAGUUUGCGACAGCAGCUGCAAGCCUGACUUCUACAGAGACGGUGAUAAGUGCCGGCCAUGCCACAAGAGCACACAGGACAUAUGUGGCAAAGAGUGCCAGCAAGUGUGCGGCAGCAACAACGACCAAGGUUCAGGUCUGGAAUACAUCCUGCUGGGACUCACCGGGCCUCUCUUCCUGGGUGCCCUUGCCAUUUACCACAAGAGGAAGAGGCUCUGGCAUGGUGCCCUGGCAGGUGGUCCCCUCCCCACGGCACAGGCCACCACCUCAAUGGCCGGGGCUGCAGCCACACCGUGGUGCCAGUUCAAUGGCCGGAGGUGGGACAACCUGUGCUGGACCCAGAGAUGCUCCCCACAGGGUACAGAGCGUGCCACUGGCACAGCAAAGCAGAGCCCCAACCACCAGGCCUUGCUGUAUGAGCAGCCCAGUGAUGAAGGGGAGCCCUCUGCACCCCCAGAGCCCCGCGGUGCCCUGCUGCAGGGCAGCCAGCUCUAUGCUGUCAUCGAUGUGGUGCCAGUACGGCGCUGGAAGGAGUUCAUGCGGAUGCUGGAACUGCGGGAAGCAGAGAUUGAGCUGGUAGAGCUGGAGGUGGCGCACAUCCGCGACCAGCAGUACGAGAUGCUGAAGCGCUGGUGCCAGCAGACCAGUGCCACACUGGACCAUGUCUUUGCUGCCCUGGAGCGCAUGGAACUGGCCGGCUGUGCCGAGGCGCUGCGCCAGAGUCUGCCUGUGGGACCCUAAUCUCCAGCGUCAGCACCCUGGCACAGGGAGGUCCCAACACUUCCACAUCUCACUGGGGCACCUCAUCCCAGCCAUACCCCUAAGUAUUGUUACUUAUGCCGUGUAGACAUUUUAUGUCAGUUUUAUGUCCCCUUCCCACCUGCCUGUCCCCUCUAUUUAUGUCGCCCUGCUCCCAGGGCCGGGGAGGACCCCAUGCCUCAGCACCUCGGCUGCCCAGCCACUCGCGGGACGAGCGGGCACCGAGUCCACCGCAAACCCAUGGGAUAGUUCUCAAGGCUGCCCACUGCUGGGCGCUCCUUCCCCCUCCCCAAUAAAUGGUGUGUUCUC